AUGGCAGUGGCUCUGGAUGAAGUGUGGGGGCGGGUGAAGAACGUCUGCAAGCAGAACGGACUGCUCAUCUUGUCUGUGCUGGCCGUGGUCAUUGGCUGCCUGCUAGGCUUCUUCCUCAGAGGGAAGCAGCUCUCUGAGCAGGAGGUGAAGUACUUCCAGUUUCCAGGAGAGCUGCUAAUGAGGAUGUUGAAAAUGUUAAUCUUGCCCCUCGUUGUAUCCAGUUUGAUGUCAGGUCUAGCUGCCCUGGACGCCAAGUGCUCCAGCCGCCUGGGCAUCAUGACCAUCUCCUACUACCUCUGGACCACCUUUGUUGCCGUGGUAGUGGGCAUCGUCAUGGUAUACAUCAUUCACCCGGGUGGUGCUGCUCAGAAGGAGGACUCAGAGGAGAGCAAGAAGCCAAUGACCAGUUCUGCUGACGCUCUGCUGGAUCUCAUUCGCAACAUGUUUCCGGCCAACCUGGUUCAAGCUACUUUUCAACAGUAUCGAACCCAGAGAGUUCCCGAGCUCAUCCCCAAACCAACUGUGGCUCAGCUCCUGGAUGAGACAACCACACGUAGGGUUUACAUCUAUGGCAUCCAGGAUGACAACGGCACAGAUAUCCAGAACUUCUCCCUGGAUCUCACACCGCCACCUGAUGUUAUCAUGAAAACAUCACCUGGUACCAGUGAAGGCAUGAAUGUGCUGGGGAUUGUAAUUUUUUCCGCUACCAUGGGAAUAAUGCUGGGCAGAAUGGGACCCAAUGGAAGCGCUUUGGUCAACUUCUGCCAGAGUUUGAAUGAGGCAGUUUUGAAGAUUGUUGCCAUUGUCAUCUGGUAUUUUCCCUUUGGGAUCGUAUUUUUGGUUGCCGGUAAGAUCUUGGAGAUGGAUGACCCUUCAGCCAUGGGGAAGAAGCUGGGUUUUUACGCCAUUACAGUGGUAAUGGGCUUGGUGCUGCACGGUCUAUUCAUCCUCCCGGCCAUGUACUUCUUCAUCACUAAGAAGAGCCCCAUAGUUUACAUCAGGGGCAUUCUGCAGGCCCUGCUUAUCUCCUUGGCCACCUCAUCCAGCUCUGCCACUCUGCCUAUCACCUUCAAGUGCCUCCUUGAGAACAACCACAUCGACAGACGCAUCAUCCGCUUCGUGCUGCCUGUCGGGGCCACCAUCAAUAUGGAUGGUACCGCACUCUACGAGGCCGUGGCAGCCAUUUUCAUUGCCCAAGUGAAUAACUAUGAGCUUGACUUUGGACAGAUCAUCACAAUCAGCAUCACCGCCACCGCAGCCAGUAUCGGUGCAGCUGGAAUCCCGCAAGCUGGACUGGUAACCAUGGUGAUCGUGUUGACCUCUGUGGGCCUGCCCACCGACGACAUCACUCUCAUCAUUGCUGUUGAUUGGGCUUUGGAUCGAUUCCGGACUAUGGUCAAUGUGAUGGGUGAUGCCCUGGCCACAGGCAUAAUGGCUCAUAUCUGCAGAAAAGAUUUUGUCAAAGAAGGGGAGCAGGUGAGGGUGCCUCUGAUCUGUGAAACCAAGCCCAUGAUAAGCAUCCAGCAGAUGAUGACCUACCAGAACCAGAAGAACGGCUGCUACCAGCCACCUCCGCCAGGCAGCAAGCAGGACCACCUCUCCCCGGAUGUGGCUCGCCUGAUCCAGCUGGAGGAGGGGAUCCGGCCGAUAGAGAAGAAGAAACACGCUCACUCCUCUCACCCCAAGAGAGAGCACAGGGACAAGGACCACUGUUCCGUUGAUAUGAACGGGCUGGAGACUAAUGUAUAAAAACAGCUGCCCUGCCAACAGCUUCUCGCUCAUCCAUAGCAAUAGGGCCAGCAGGAGAGGAAGACAGAUUAAAGAUUGAGGUGACUAAGUUCACGUGCUUUUCCCCUCCGAGAAGGAGAGUGGCCUAGAGUGGACGAAUGCAGAUGACCUUGGGGGGAAAAAGACUCAUUUUUUUUCUACAUAACUUAAAUAAUGAUCCACAUUUGAUUGUGUAUGUUUGUGUGUGUACAUAUUUAUCAGAGAUGUAUAAUUUGAUACCAGCAGUGACAGUGUGCUGCUGUAGCUGACAGACCGCAGAACUGCUCCUGUUUCGAGGUUUCACUAACAUCCUCCCAGAUCUGUGAGUCAGCCCAUCUCAAAGGAGCGGAAAUGGAGAACUCAAUAGCUGUGGGGGAAAAAACUGACAACGUCCACUCAUAUCUCUUUAUAUUCAUUAUGAUCUGGUUUGGUAUAUUUUUAGCAUGAUAUUGGUUGGGGUUUUUGUAUAUUUCUUUGUUGUUGUUUUUUGUCAUCCUGUUCUUGAUUCACUGACUAAAUAAAACGCACGACACAGAUACAAAGUGGGACAAUACAAGAUAAUUGAGCAAGAAACCUUCAUUUUAACACACAUAUGCAGUUUAACGGUUUGGUUCACAUUCAGGAAAAAAAAGUCCCAAAAUGUCCCAUCUUUCCCUACACUUCUCUUCUCUGCUUUGUUGUCCUGGGUCUAAGUGGGUACUCUGCCUCUACCUGAACGGCCAUUGCCAGAAUCAAGGCAAAAAGGUGAUGAAAGUCACGUCGAUAACAAGGACAAGUGUUUGCCCUUGUGUUGAAGUCAUGUUAAGUUGUCUUUGCACCUCAUUGUAUUCCCUUUUUGCCUUAAACGACCAAAGCAGAAGCAUGCAGGACCAGUGCGUUACUGACGUACACCAAAACAGCAAACAACCACAAGUCGACAAUCACAGGUCAUACUCUGAACUCUGUCCAUAU